AUGGAAAUGGAGGGUGAGAUUGGAAACUUCAUUAAGGUAUGGCUCUCGGUCUUCUUAUCUCUCUUCUACUGCUAUGCAUUUGGUAAGUCUGUACCAAAAGGUUUUCCAAGACUCUUGCUCAUAAUUCCAGUUGUAGCCCUCUUCCUAGACCUUCCUCUUCACCUCUCCACCAUCCAUCUCGGAGGCACCACUGCUUUCUUCAUUUCUUGGCUUGCCAACUUCAAGCUCUUGCUCUUCGCCUUUGGGAAAGGCCCUCUGUGCUCCGACCCUUCAAUCUCUCUUCCCCGUUUUGUAGCCGUCGCUUGUUUACCCAUCAAGAUCCAACAAAACCCACCUCCAAAAACACCCCAAUUCCAAACCUCAAAUCAUCAAAAUGGCCACAACUCAAACACAAAUGGGCAUGCAACAACAAAACAAAACCCAGCUCCGAAAUCCCCGUUCAACUACGCACUCAAAGGCCUGCUCUUGGCUCUGUUGAUAAAGGUAUAUGACUACAAAGAGCACCUCCAUCCAAACCUGAUAUGGGCCAUGUAUUGCUUCCACAUAUAUUUUGCCCUAGAAAUCAUCCUCCUCAUGGCUGCCGCGCUGGCUCGAGCCUUUCUGGGACUUGAGCUCGAGCCCCAAUUCAACGAGCCCUACCUCUCCUCCUCCCUCCAAGACUUCUGGGGCAGACGAUGGAACAUUAUGGUCACCAGCAUCCUGCGCCCCACCGUGUACGAACCCGUCGUCGCGCUUUCGACACGGGUGGUGGGGCGCAGGUGGGCCCCGCUCCCGGCCGUGAUGGGGACCUUCAUAGUGUCGGCGAUUAUGCACGAGCUCAUAUUCUACUACCUGGGGCGGCUGCCGCCCACGUGGGAGAUCUCGUGGUUCUUCCUCCUCCACGGGCUGUGUUUGGUGGUUGAGAUCGCCGUCAAGAAGGCGAUUGCUAAACGGAACAAGUUUCAGGUGCCGAGGUUGGUGUCUGGGCCUUUGACCGUUGCGUUCGUGACGGGCACCGUGUUUUGGCUCUUCUUUCCUCCGCUGCUGCGGUGUAAUGCUGACGUGAGGGCUCUUGGGGAGUACGCGGCUGUUGGCGCGUUUUUCAAGAAGGUCGGUCGUGCUUUUGCAUCUAGACUUCUAGAGCCAUGA